UCUGGUUGACCUUGGAAGUGAUCUCUGGCCAAGACUAUGACUGUAAUAAAUUAUAAUUCUAGAUAAUAACCUAGAACCUUUUAGAACUAUAGGCAUGGAAUAUAUAGCCCAAGCUUACAUUAGUCACCCAUAUUAGUUUGUACAUGUUUAUUUGCUGAUGUCUCCCCCAUUAAAUGGUACACUUCUUUAGGGCAAGGACUUUAUCUCUUUUUGUAUGCUUAGCACUAAGCAUAGUGCAUGGUACAUAGUAGACAUUUAAUAAAGGAUUAUUGACUGAUAAUAUAAGAAAUCAUUUCUGAUCCCCCAACUAGCAGAAAGUACUACUAUUGGGGUCUAUUUGACUUUUCUUUUCCCCCACAGGGUGUACUGAUUGCUCAAUGAAAAUUUCUAGUCUUGACAUUUAAGUCGGGAGAACCACAAGGCAGGAGAAUCUCUCAUGAUUUCUUCUUCUUCCACAGUUCUUUCUUCUCAGGAACAUGCACUUAUCCAAGACAGAAACACUGAGGAGCCAAGAAAAACCUCUGAAUUCUUUACAGCCAGGUUCCAGGAAUCACUGACAUUCAAGGAUGUGGCUGUGGACUUCACCUACGAGGAAUGGCAACAACUGAACCCUGAUCAGAGAUACCUGUAUAGGGAUGUAAUGCUUGAGAACUAUAGGAACCUAGUCUUUUUAGGUAAGGGAGGUUUUCCUGCAACAGGGCACAGUUGCAUUUUUUCUUUCUUUUUUUCAGACUGGGAGACCAAGAACAAAAGCAAGGAGUCAACUCCAAAACAAGACAUUCCUGAAGCAGAAUCAUCCCAGAAAAUGACAUUGGAAAAAUUCACAAGGGAUGGUAUCUGGUAUUCUGAGCUAGAAGAAAUUGCUUCCCAAUUUGGUUUAGAGCAGAAUAUCAAAGAGACAGAGCUGAGACAAAUUACAGUUUCCCAAACAAAAAUAAUCCCUAGAGAAACAAACCAUAAGUAUAAUGAAUAUAAUCUGAUUGCAGAACAAAUUGUUCCUUCAAAAGAAAAUGCUCAUGAGUAUGAUAUAUAUAGGAAAAUCUAUUGUAAUUCCCAAUUGUUUGAACAUCAAAAAAUCUGUGUAGAGAAAAAGCUCUUUGAGUGUAAUGAAUGUGGGAAAGCAUUUACUAAGAGUACAAUCCUUAAAAACCACCAGAGAAUCCAUACAGGUGAAAAACCCUAUAAAUGUAACGAAUGUGGAAAAGCCUUCAGACUUCGUGGAAAUCUUACUCGACAUAAUAGAGUUCAUACAGGAGAGAAGCCCUAUGAAUGUACUGAAUGUGGGAAAGCUUUCAGGCUUCGUGGAAACCUUAAUCAACAUAAAAGAAUUCAUACUGGGGAGAAACCCUAUGAAUGUACUGAAUGUGGGAAAGCCUUCAGAUUAUAUGCACACCUUACUCAGCAUAAAAGAAUUCAUACUGGAGAGAAGCCUUAUGAAUGUAAUGAAUGUGGGAAAACUUUUAGACUGCAGGGACAUCUUACUAAACAUAAGAGCAUUCAUCCUGGAAAGAAACCCUAUAAAUGUAGUGAUUGUGAUAAGACUUUCAGUAAGGGCUCCCUCCUAGUGAGUCAUCAGAGAGUCCAUACUGGAGAGGAACCCCAUAAAUGUAAUGAAUGUGGGAAAGCCUUCAGUUCACGUGCUAGCCUUACUCAACAUAAAAGAAUUCAUACUGGAGAGAAACCUUAUGAAUGUAAUGAAUGUGGAAAAGCCUUCAGCCAGAAUGUAUGCCUUACUCAACAUAAGACUAUCCAUACAGGAGAAAAACCUUAUGAAUGUAAUCAAUGUGGGAAAGCCUUCAGUCAGAACAGACAUUUAAAUCGACAUCAGAGAAUUCAUACAGGAGAGAAACCAUAUAAAUGUGAUGAUUGCGGUAAAUCAUUUAGUAAUGGUGAAUUCCUUAGGCAACAUCAGAGAGUCCAUACUGGAGAGAAACCUUACAAUUGUAAUGAAUGUGGAAAAGCCUUUCGACUUCGUGUACAUCUUACUAGACACAGGAGCAUUCAUACUGGAGAAAAACCCUACAAAUGUAAUGAAUGUGGGAAAACUUUUCGUCUGAGUACACACCUAACUCAGCAUAAAACCAUUCAUACUGGAGAGAAACCCUACAAAUGUAAUGAAUGUGGGAAAACCUUCCGAUUAAGUACAGACUGUACUCAACAUCAGAGAAUUCAUACAGGAGAAAGACCUUAUGCAUGUAAUGAAUGUGGAAAAGCAUUUUGGGAUAGGUCAUCUUUUACUAAACAUCAGAAAAUUCAUACUGGAGAAAAACCCUAUGAAUGUAAUGAAUGUGGAAAAGCCUUCAUUCAGAGUUCAUCCUUUAUUCAACAUUGUAUUACACAUACUGGAGAGAAACCCUAUGAAUGUAGUACAUGUGGGAAAGCCUUUAGCCUUCAUGCAAACCUUAUUCGACAUCAGAGAAUUCAUACUGGGGAAAAACCUUAUAAAUGUGAUCACUGUGGAAAUGUCUUCAGGCACAGUUCAACUCUAAUAAGACAUCAGAGACUUCACAGUGUAGAGUAGUACUGGAAAUUUAGUGAGUGAAGGGAAAGCUUUUGUUUGAUGUGAUGUUUUUUAUUAAGAUACCCUAUGGCCAUCAAGUUACUAUCAUCAGCAACUAUAAUUUUGUUUUGUUUGUUUUCUUAAGACAUGCUUCCUUUUACAUUGUUCACUCGUAUUUCAUGUGGAAAAGGAAUUGGUUUGUUCUACUUGGCUCCUGAGAGCAAAACUAGGAGAAGUGGUUGAAAGUUACAGAAGCAGAGUUUUUGCUGGCAGUAAGGAAAUAUUUCCAAAUAAUUAAAGCUAUCUAAAAGCAUAAUUAACUAGUUUAGCAGAGCUCAUUAGAAAUUGUUCAGGAAAAAUCUUCUAGUGAAGGUUUUGAUGGCCAUUUGGUAAUGGGAGUGAUAGAGGUCACUAUCAAAUUUGGAUUGACCUAGUUGACCUGAAAGUUCUUCUUUCAACAUCAAAAUUCUGUGGUUUCCCUGUUUCUCUCUUCUAUAAGAUAUAACUGUGAAAAUAAUAUUUCUAGUCCAUUGAUCUGAUUAUAGAGGUCAAAUAAUGUGUUCUGACCAUCUGACCAUCAUUUCCAAACUAUUAGUUGUACUCUUCCACCUCUUUACAUUUAUGCAUUCCAUCCUUCAUACCUUGAAUAUAUUCCCACUUCAUUUCUAUUUUUCAAAACCCCACUUUUCUUUUAAAUCUUCAACUCUGAUGCCACUUUUAUAAGAAAAGUUUUCCUCAAAGCCUUUCCUCUCCAAUCUCUACAAAGUUGCCCAUCAAUCUUCAAAAUUUUCAGACACCUUUUUUCAGGAAUCACAUUUAUACUUUUAUUACAUUUUACCUGGUAUCAUAUUUCUUUGUUAUUUUCCUCUCUGUUAUAUAUUGUAAGCUCCUUGAGAGCCUCUUUAUAUUCUCAAAACUCAGCACAGUACCUUGCACAUAGUAGGUGCUUAAUAAAUAUUUGUUGAAUUUAAUUGAAUUACCAAAGUUGGUAAUACUAGAUAUCCAUGAUCUGUGCUUUAGAUGAGGAGCCCAGUUUUGACCCAACAAUACAGCUAAAUCUAGGUAUGAAUAAGAAAAGGGAAUAUUUGAAAAAGCAGAAGACAAUGAAAACUAAAUUAGUGGGAGCUGAUAAGUAGAACUCAGCUCCCCAGAAUACAAAUAUAUAGGAACUUUCACAGCAAUAUUUUUCUAGGUUAGUACUACCUAUAUCAUGUACACAUACACAAUUCAAUAGAAGAUCAAAGCCAUGCAGCUCCCCCACAUUGGAUUCAAUAAAGUAGGUCAACCUCCUUCCAUUUUGUUUCUAUAGCAGCAGAGCCCUAGUUUAAAGUUACAUAAGAAUAGGAAUAAUAAGGUGCCAUGACCUAAUGGAAAGUUUAUAAUGGGGUGGAGUUGACUAAAAUCCUCUUAACUGAUAGAGACCCUGCCUAUUGAAGAAAAAAAAAUUCCAGGGAGAAAAACCAUUGAAUUUAAACUUUCUCCUGGGGUUUAGAAACCCCAAAAGAGAACAAGGCUGGCAAAUUAUCCUUGUUGACAAAACUCUGAACAGAAUUCAGAAUGAUUAGAGUAUCAUUCAGCCCCCAGGAAUACAUGAAAGGAAGUACAGAGGAUAUUGGACAGAAAAGCAUUGCUGCCUAGUGUGUUAAGCAAUAACUGACCUAUAUAGCUCUUUACUCUUUGCCAUGCCAGAAGCAUUGUUCCACCCUCCUUCCCAAAAUUAAGCUUUAUUAGCUUGAAUUAAGCUUUUAGGACACUCCUAUAAUUAUAAAAAAUAAAGGGAAAAGGACUACUUUAUUUUGGAUCACAUAUUUGGUAGUAAGAGCCAAUGAAAUGAGUUCAGGACAUUAGACUGAGAAGUUAGAGGUGGAACAGUGGGAUAGCUGGAAUUCCUUCAAUGAUUUGUCCUGGCUGUCCGUCCCAUGUAUCAUUUCAGUGCUUAGAGAUAUUCAUGUGCUGUCAUUUUUGUUCAGGGUCAUUGCCUAUAAACAAUAGGCACAAAAUUGGAAAAGUCCACAUUAAAGUUCUGUGUUUGCUAUAAUUACUUGCAUUAGUUAUGCUUACCUCUAAUUUCUUAUGGGUAUAUAUGACAGAUCAAUGAACUUGAAUAGGUACAAGAACUAGAAAUCAUGAUAAAGAGAGGUGUUUUAUAAGAGAGAUUUUAGGCGACCUAAAGAAAAUUUCAGAAGUAAUCAUGUUAGAGAUGUGAUAUUUCUGAUGAUGAAGUUUGUCAUGCCCAAGUUGGAGGGUGACUGAAGUGAAGUGGAAGGAAGGCAGGCAAAAAUAAGAGAAGGUCCAGAACCUGAAAGUCUGUGGUCUUAGAAGUCAUCAGCAUGGAUAUUUAUAACUCUUAUGAUAGUGGUGGUGGGGUUGGAGUAGAGUUGAAGAUUGAAACAGAUAUUCUUGUAAUUGUAGAAAGUAACUACCUUCUCUGAAAGUCAAUAAAUUACUGAAAUGAAUAAUGUA